UAUCGGCGCUUGGAAUCCGGGGGACCCCAGUCGCGCGCCGGGAGGCGAAGCGGGUUUCCCUGGGUCCUGCCGGGUGGCGCACGCGCCACUGCCAUGCUGCCACCGUGUUCAGAUCGGGAACUGAGUGAGCUGCUGGCUCGCAAGGAGGAGGAGUGGCGAGCUCUGCAGGCCCAUCGCGCCCAGCUGCAGGAGACAGCUCUACAGAUGACGCAGAAACAUCUGGAGGAGACACGAGGGCAGCUGCAGCGCCUGCAGGAGGAUUUCGUGUACAACCUUCAAGUGCUGGAGGAGCGGGACCGUGAGCUGGAGCGCUACGACAUUGAAUUCACCCAGGCCCGCAGGCGGGAGGAGGCUCAGCAAGCAGAGGCCAGUGAGCUGAAGAUAGAGGUGGCCAAGCUGAAGCAGGCACUCUCCAGGGAGGCCAGGCACGUGGAGGAGUUGCAGCGUCAGCAUGAGCGGACGUUGCAGGAGCAUCACUUGGAGCUGGAGCGUGUCCGCAGUGGCAGGAGGCAUGAAAUCGACCAGCAGCAGGAGCAGUAUGAGAAUCUGAAGUGGAAGCUGGAGAGAAAACUGAGGGAACUCGACGGUGAACUUGCUCUUCAAAGACAGGAGCUGCUGCUGGAGUUUGAAUCUGAGAUGCAGAGACGGGAGCACGAAUUCCAGCUGAGGGCAGACGACAUGAGCAAUGUGGUCUUGGCCCAUGAGCUCAAGGUGAAGCUACUGAACAAAGAGCUGCAGGCUCUGAGAGAAGCUGGGGCGCAGGCCACAGAGAGUCUGCAGAAGGCAGAGGCAGAGCACAUUGAGUUGGAGAGGAGGCUACAGGGCCGUGCCCUGGAGUUCCAGAAUCUGGAGGCCGUGAAGGAUGGUCGGAUAAAGGACUUGGAGGAGAAGCUUCACUCUGUACAGCUGGCCAGUAAGAGAGCCGAGGACACCGUCAGGAGGAAACAUGAAGAGCUUGACUGUGAAGCCAGGAAGAAAGACGCAAUGCUGGCAGCAGUGAAGAGCGCCCAUGCAGAGCAGCUGCGAGCGCUGGAGGCCAGGGUGCUGCAGCUGCAAGCCCACUGCGAAACCCUGGAGGGGCAACUGCGCAGGGCCGAGUGGACGCGAGCUGAUGAUGCCAAAGAAAAGAAUGCCCUUAUUGACAAACUUCAUGAAGACGCAGCAGCUUUGAAAGCUGCCUGGGAUGCCCAGAUCACUCAGAUGUCCAAGGAGGCUGUCUCCAAAGACCUUCAGGUCCAGAUGCUACAGGAAGAAGAGGGGAAGCUCAAGGCACAGGUGGCCAGGUUCCAGAAGGACAUAGACAGGUACAAGCAGCAACUGUCCCUGGCAGUGGAAAGGGAACAGAGCCUGGAGCGCGACCAGGUGCAGCUGGGUCUAGACUGGCAGCGCCGUUGCGAUGAUGUUGAGCGAGACCAGAUCCAGAAAUCAGAGACUUUGAUCCAAGGGCUGACCAAGGCCAGAGACCAGGUUGCUGCUAAGCUCCAGGAGACAGAGAAGGCGCUGCGUCAGCAGGAGACGUUGCUGAAGGCUGUGUCACUGGAACGAGACCAGGCCGUGGAGACUCUGCGGACACACGGGCUAGUCACCGGACAGGAGGCACAGGUACCUCCACAGCAGCAUGAAGGAGAAAUGAGGAAAGAGUCUCCAUCUAGUGAGAUCCAGAGGCUGCAGGAGCAGAAUGCGGGUCUGCGGAACGCUGUUGCACAGAUGAGGCGAGAGAUGGAAAUGCUGAGCUGCCAUCUUCCUUCUGCUCAACCGGAAGAGUGCUCGGAGCCAAGCCCUGAUCCCCAGGCUGGAGGAGAUCCAGCCCCUCCAGAUUAUGUUCUGGUGCUUGAAGCAGAAAUGCAGAACCUAAAGCACAAGCUGAAAGCCCUGGAAGAGCAGCAGCGAGGUGUCGGAGAGCCAGUGACGGUGGCCUUGCCCACUGCCAACCCACAGCCUGGUGCCCACAGCUCCGCAGAAGCAGCUGGAGCAGCUUUGACAGGCCAGGCAUCUGUCGCGUUAGCACUCAGAAAACUCGGAGACAGAGUGCAUCUCUUGAACCUGCUGGUGACACAGCUCAAAAAGAAGCUGUGGCAGAAACCCCUGGAGUCGGUCACUGUCCUGCACGAGCUCCCCAGUGAAGUGGACCAGGUGCACCUGGAGGUUUUGGAGCUGCAGAAGCAGGUGGCUGAGCUACGGAAGCAUCUCAAGACGCCCCAGCCCCAAGGAGAGCCUUCUCUCAGGGAGCAGCUACAGAGAGAGGGCCUGAGUAACUGGAGACCCAUGGUCACAAAGGACCAGACGGAGUUCCCUAGUCUCCCCCAGGAAGGGGCUCAGCCUCCACAGUCCGUAUCCGUGCGACAUCUGCAAAGGAAGCUGAAGGUCGCGGCUAAGAAGAUACUCAGCCUCAGCCUCGAAAAGGAGCAGCUCCUGGAAAUGGGGAACAGACUCCGAGCAGAGCAGGGCCUCCCUAAAGGGAAACUGACUCCUUGCCCACUUCUUCCCACCUCUGAGUCCCGGGACCCCCGUGAGGUGCCUUUGGACCGUGGCCUACCUUUGGGACAGCUGCAGCCCCACUCAACAGCUCAGGACCCCAGGCACACCAAGAGAAAAUGUGUUUCUGGAUACUCAGGGAAAGAUCAACCACACUCCGCCCACGCGGUCAGCAAAAGCAGCACCACACGAGGCUCCCAGGCGGGCAUGGCACCAAGGCCUGCUCAGAGACAGCACAGAGUCCCCACAGAGACCUGGAAGUCAGCGCAUCAGAAAGAAAACAGGUCCCCAAAGCUGCCAGCACAGGCUCACGAAGUCCCCGAGGAAAGUGACCACCACAGGUCAUCUUCGCUGGCCAGCAGUUCCCUGCAGGACACCUGGAAGCUGUUGGACCUGGGAUCCAGCCUUUCGGGAGUCCCCUCUCAGGACGAUUCAGCUGCAGCAGAGUGCCCAGCAUCUCCAGGAGCCAGCUGUCUCCAGAAGGUCGACCAGAGCCCUGUCACCAUGCAAAACCCCUUUGCUGUCAAAGGGCUAAAGAUGGAAGCGCAGCCUAAAGCCACACAUCCCAGACCCAGCAAGUCUCGUCCAGCUAAACCUACAAACUGCCAGCAGCCGCGGCAUCCCAGGAUCCGCAACUAUAACCUCAAGGACUAAGCCUCAACCUCCUGCAGGGGACCCAAGAGUGCUUCCGCCUCGGUGCUUGGAGCCUGUGCUGGUGCAGGUGUACACAUGGCAUGCAGGUGGCUGUGAGCACAGGCAGCCUCCCAAUGAUAGCCUUCCUGAUGCCACCAAGCCAUUAAAACCCUCCUCCUUCUGCCUGGCCUGCAAAGUUGUCUAUCUUGUCCCACUGCCACCUGCCUACAUGGCCACUGACAGCCACUGCACACUGACUGUGUCGUUCUCUAGAACCUGGCGGGGGAGAGUAGAGUAGCUACCUAUGAAGUAUGUUCUCAAAGAACAUUGUGUGAGAGGUCCUCCCAGUCCGAGCCUGGUAGGGGCCC